ACAGAAGAAGAAGAAGAACACGCCCUGAUCUUUCUAGCGCAGCUUCGCUCUAGCUCCGUGCUAAACGCACACUCUCACACACUGUGAAUUAAUAGUGGCGUUUUUUUGUCUGAAAUCUCGCGGUGUAUUUUAAAACAAUGGCUGAUGAAGAAUUAGAAGCCAUCAGACGGCAACGUAUGUCCGAACUGCAGGCGAAACAUGCGGACCCUUCCAGUGAGCAGCAAGGACAGCAGGAGGCCAAACAGAGAGAGACAGAGAUGAGGAAUUCAAUAUUGGCGCAAGUGUUGGAUCAGUCCGCCCGUGCCAGGUUGAGUAAUUUGGCUCUUGUAAAGCCAGAUAAAGCAAAAGCUGUGGAGAAUUACCUGAUACAGAUGGCUCGCUUUGGACAGCUUGGAGGAAAGAUUACAGAGUCUGGUUUGAUAGAAAUCCUUGAAAAAGUCAGUCAACAAACAGACAAGAAGACCACAGUAAAAUUUAACCGGCGGCGGGUGAUGGACUCUGAUGAAGAUGAUGAUGACUGAUAUGGGGGUGUCAACAGUCACGUGGGCUUUCUGUACUUGCAGGCAGGUUUAUCUGGUAAUUUGACUUCUGACCAGAGCACUAUCAUGACUGAUCCACCAAUAGUCCUGUCUCUUUUGGCCAAAGACCCCUGAUCCGUGCGUUACAGGAACUCUUCAUUUCAAUACGGUUUAUGUUCUUUCAUCUUUCACUUUAGCUCAUUCUAUUUGUUUCUUUGCUUCAAAACCACAACGCAACUACAGUUAAAUAUUUUUUUUGAGAGUAUGGUGGACUUUUCUGAUCUCCUGUAUUGCAAUAGAAUAACUGGCCAUUAUCUCUAUUUUGUGGACUUUGAGGAAAUGUGUAUGUGCAAGUGUUUACAUAAUAAAAAGCCUUAAACUACAUUUUAGGUUGAUAUUCUUGCUAUGUUGCAUGUAAUGACUAUUUAGUAUACCUUAGUAAAUGCAUCAGUCUUUUUGGAUUCAUGAACAAUUAAGAAAGUUCUUAGGAUAUAGUAUAAGUUUAAGUGUGCAAAAAAAGAGAGAAAAACGAUAAGAACAUUCUUUGAAAGCUUUUCAGGAAUAGAGCAUAUUCCAAUUUCUCAUUUUAAAAUCGCUUAAGGAUUUGUACACCAAUUGUGAAUGUUUGGCACGAUUUCCCACUGCGAUCAACAUUUUAAAUUUAAACAAUAGAUUGCUAACAAGCUAUUCUCACCCAAAGCGAACAUUAGCGCAGAAUUGCGUAGCAACAAAGCAAAGCUUUUUUUGUACGGUGUGUCUUUUUUUUUUUUUCUAAGAAUUUUUCGAUCUGCUUGCUAGAAAAUCGUUUGUUUUGCAAACUUGUCAAAUGGAUGCUUUCUACUGGUGCAUAAUAGCACAUAAAACAUUACGUGAUUUAUGUGAUGUUAUUUAUAGUAUACCGAUUUGCCGAUAAAAGAUGAGUAACAAAAUAGACUCUAUGUUACUUAUCUUUUUAUUAGCAAAUUGGUAUACUAUAACAAUACAUAAAUCAUUAAAAUGGGAGGGCUACAAAUGAACAUUCAAAGUUUACUAGAGACCAAAGACCUGCCUGGAAAAUAAUGUUAUUUUCCGUCAUCUAAAUAUUGAUGUUUCAGACACCUUUUGCAGAAGAGCAAAGUAGGUGGUCCGUGAUAGGUCUGAGUGAAUAUUUUCUUGAUAUAAAAAAAAAAAUAUUGCAAUUUGUUAUUUUUUUUACUUUAUAUAGUGCCUUUUAAAGGUAACUUCUCAACUUAGUGCUUUACAUGGAGAAAAGAUCAAGAUAUGAGAAUAAAAAACGAUGAAAAAAAAUAAAAAUAUUUUUAUUUGAGCAAAGAUGAUAAUGGCAAAUAAGAUUUAAUUUACGCAGUUAGGUUAUGAUAAAUUUCAUGAAUUAUUGACUGUCUUUGAAAUGUAUUUUCAGUCUAUUUGUCAUAUGGGUUAGGCUAACUUGAAGUUACUUCUACAAAACAUUUAGACAAAUUAAAGAAAGCUUCUUACGGACUUU